UAAUAUAUGAAAAAGAGAAAUAAUUCAAGAAUUCAACAGCAGUGUCUUCUUUAAUUAGAACUCAAUAAGGAAGUUGUGAAUGUGUUUAUCAAGUGGGUGCUCAGGAAUGUAUGCUGUCACUAAACAAAGAUGGAAUCCUCUCUAAGCUAGCAUUUGUAACAGGGGAAAGAGAACCAUCAUUGCAAGCACAAAGGCAAAGAAGAGAGAAGAUAAAAGAUAAUUACAAGCAAUAGAGAGAGGAGUUUUGGAGGCAGCAGCAAUGGCAACCCCGCCACAAGUACUGCGAGUGAAGAACUCGGGAAUAGUCAAUUACAAUGGGAGCCCAAUAGAAGACAGGGAUGAGGAGAUUUCGAUGUCAGCUCUGUCUACAUUCCGCGCAAAGGAAGAAGAGAUCGAGAGGAAGAAGAUGGAGGUUAAAGAGAAGGUUCAGGCUCAUAUUGGUCGCGUGGAAGAAGAGACUAAACGCUUAGCUGAGAUCCGAGAAGAGCUUGAAGCUCUUACGGAUCCAAUGAGGAAGGAAGUUGCAAUUGUACGUAAGAAGGUGGAUGUGGUUAACCGAGAGUUGAAGCCAUUGGGACAGAUCUGCCAGAAGAAGGAAAAAGAAUACAAAGAAGCACUAGAAGCUUUCAAUGAGAAGAACAAGGAAAAAGCUCAACUAAUCACCAAACUAAUGGAGUUGGUGAGUGAAAGUGAAAAAGUGAGGAUGAAGAAGCUGGAGGAAUUGAGCAAGAACAUAGAUUCCCUACACUAAGUGAGCUGUAUUUAGUAUCUCUAUUGUUGCAUUUUGUAUAAUUGAUUGUUUUAUGUGUCUGUAUUUCAUUGGUUAUUCAUGGAGGGUUUAUAGAGCCAUCCAAAUAGAUUUGCUAUUACACAUAUCAACUUUGGACCUUCUGAUUGUAUUUUAAUUCUAAAUUUGACCAUGUAACAUAGCCUGCUGAUUCAUAUUUUGAAUACUACAGCUAAAGAAUUUCCAGUUGUAUAUAUCA